AAAAAGCCCACAUUUUUCUAUGUAGAAAAAGCCCAGUCAAUCGCCUCACGGGAAAACCCUGCUAUAUCCACUACUUCGUCGCCCUCUCUCGUUUUUCCUCUCAUACAACGAUGUCGACGCGAAGAGGCGGUGCUUCACUACCAAAUCGACCAGACAGCGGUAAAAACGGUGAAGGAAUUCUCUAUAGGGUUUCAUCAACCAUAUCACAAUCUCCAAUCAUCUAUCGGGGAAAGCGAGCCGCCUCAGAUGCUGGUUUCGUAGCCAAGAAGCUCCUGAAGAGCACCGGCAAGGCUGCUUGGAUUGCCGGCACCACUUUUCUCAUCCUCGUUGUGCCGCUCAUCAUUGAGAUGGAUCGAGAGCAGCAGUUGAGCGAGCUUGAACUUCAACAAGCCAGCUUGCUUGGUACUCCUCCCGUCUCCGCAGUCCAGAAGUAAUUUCUCAGGUCAGGUGAAAUUUAAUUUCACUUGAGGGCUUUAUGUAGCGGGAAAUUGAUUGAUUUUGAGGAGUAGUAGUUGAAUUUUUAUUAAAUUAGGGUUAUGUGGUUUUAUGUUGUGAUGAUUCUCACUGAUUCCAGUGCUUCAUGUGAUGGAUCUGGGAUCAUUACAUUGUAAUAUUUUAAUUUGGUGUUACGUAAUUGAUGAUUAUGCUGGUUGGUUUUAUGCUCUGAUCUUAUUGUGUGUCAGUUUUUUGACUACGAUAAAGUUCAGUAUGAAAUGGCCGUGUUUCAGAUGAG